AUGAAACUGGAGCAAGAACAAAUUGGGUUAACCCACAUUGAUCAUGCUAGCAGUACAUCUGCCAGCCAGACCCAUAAUGGUAAACAGCUGCAUUUACGCCAUGCCUCCAAACUGGUCCAUUUAGACAAGGCACUUGUUGGCUUUUUCUUUCUCUAA